AUGGGGCACAAGGGGCGACCUUCGAGAUUGCUGAACACGAAGAAAGCACCGGCCGCCGUGAAGAAGAUGUAAGUCAAGGCAUCAAGGAGGCGGACAAUGGCACUCGGGCUGACCAACAUAGCACUCUACAAAACGCCGCCAACUCGCCCUUCCUUCAACUUCCGCCUGAGGUCCGCAACAGGAUCUACGCCUUCGCCCUGGGCGGUCGCACGCUCCACAUAUCCCGAGACGGGAGCAAAGCAGUGGGAAUUCCACGCUUCAAAGCAACAGUCUGCCGUGCCGAAGCGACACACGUGCGACCUUGGGACCCCUCUGAGACUCACCGCAGAUGCUCCCAGAAAGGAUGCGACCUGGCGCUGGCGCUGCUGCGUUGCUCGAGGCAGAUCUACUCGGAAGCCGCAUUGAUCCCGUACGCCGACAACAUCUUCAGCUUUGGGUUUUGUAGGCCGAAUGCCAAAAUCCGCUUCUUCCAAGAAAUCAUGCCGGUGCAGAAGAGGGCCAUCACAGCCGUCGAAUUUGCCGUCAGUCUGGACGACUUGUCAUGGUACCGAGAUCAUGUGUACUUGUCAUGGUACCCAGAUCAUCGACCCUGCUCAGACUUGCCUGGCCUGCGAGUCUUAUCGGUUGACCUCCACAUUGGCGAUGAGGCGUCCAUGGAGAGUGUCUACACGCUUUGCGUCGAUACGUACAAAGAUGUUGGGCAAGCUCGGCUGACUUCGGCUCCGAUCCGCCUGCGCAGUUCUGGAGUUGUAGGGCCCAGUGAGCUGCAGACAUGGGCCGCCAAAAUAUCGGAGAGGCUUCUGAAUGGCGCCGAGACUAUUCGCUAG